AUGAAGAAGUGGCUAGUAGUGGUGGUGUCAUCCUGGGUCUUGGCCCUCGUCCGCGGGUCAGAGGCCCCUCCUGGGGUUUAUGUCCUUCCCCUCGACCCUCAGGCCAAGCAUCAUUUCUUCUGGACCCUCGACUACGUUGACUCCACAAUCCAGAUUGAAGUACAAGCCAGCAUCUCCAAUAACAACUGGUUCGGAGUCGGAUUCUCUGACCGUGGGGAAAGGACCAACGCUGAUUGGUGCAUUUUUGUAUCAGACAAAACAGGCAGAGCCAGGAUCUUGGACGCUUGGACAGAUGACAAAUGUUUGCUUACCAUAGACCAGUCACAAGAUUGCCAAGGACUGAGGCACACCAGGACUUCUUCCAAUACCAGCAGAUUCUCGUUUUACAGAAAGUUCGAUACCUGUGAGCCCCAAGAUUACAUUAUUGAGCGUGGAACAACACACAUUGUAUGGACCGUGGGCGAAGGACGGAUAGAUGGAAGGAAUUUGUGUUCACUGGAAGGAGGCUUUACUAGGACAGAGCUUUUGAAACCGCCUAGCCAAGGAUUCAUUCCCGGAGAGGAGUCUUGGCACUUGACAGUCACCGCCGGAGGGGUAUCUGUACCUAGCAGCGACACGACGUACUAUUGCAAAGUCACCAAACUCCCUCAACAGCUAAUCAAUAAGCACCAUUUAGUGCAGUUUGAGGCAGUAGUCACUAAAGGAAAUGAAGGCUUGGUUCAUCACAUGGAAUUGUUUCAUUGUGAGGCAGAUCGUGAUGCAGCGAUACCACUGUAUAGAGGAAAUUGCGAAAAGAAACCAAAAUCAGUGGAGGUUUGUAAAAAAGUGAUGGCAGCAUGGGCUAUGGGAGCAACUCCAUUCAUUUAUCCAUUGGAAGCAGGAUUACCGAUUGGUGGCUCAAAUUAUGGUUCCUAUGCUAUGCUUGAGGUGCAUUACAACAAUCCAGAAAUGAGAGCAGAUUGGGUUGAUGACUCUGGCCUCAGAGUGUACCUGACUAAAAAGCUGAGAGCAAACGACGCAGCUGUGAUUGAACUCGGUCUUGAAUACACUGACAAAAUGGCCAUACCACCAAAACAGCCUAGUUUUCAACUAAGCGCAUCAUGUCUCCCACAGUGUACAGGAGUUUCUCUGCCAGAAGGAGGCAUAAAAGUUUUUGCAUCACAAUUGCAUACUCAUUUGACUGGAAUCAGGGUUGAGACACAUCAUUACAGAAAUGGACUUGAACUUCCUCUUCUUAAUCAAGACAAACACUACUCUACUCAUUUUCAAGAAAUCAGACUCCUACCUCAGCCAGUUAAUGUGCUUCCGGGAGACUGGUUGGAAACAAAGUGCUUGUAUGAUACUGCUUCUCGAGAAAAUAUUACAUUGGGAGGAUAUGCAAUAUCUGACGAGAUGUGCGUUAAUUACAUCUAUUAUUUUCCUAGCACAGAACUUGAGGUCUGCAAAAGCAGCAUUUCGGACCAACCUCUUGCUGAUUACUUUGACACCCUUCACAAAUUUGAAGACCAAGCAACAGGUUCCCAACUACCAAUAUCGCAAUCAUACAAGGCAAUAGAAUGGAAUCCAUUGAGGGUAGAAGUUCUUAAUAAGCUGUAUGAAGAAGCACCAAUGUACAUGCAGUGUAAUAUGUCAUCUGGGUCAAGGUUUCCUGGUGACUGGACUGCUCUCCACAGGCCUUCCAUCACAACACCGCUACCAAAAGAAAAAAGACAAUGCGAUGAUAUCAAGGAAGAGAAGGUCAAUGAUUUAUAUUAGCUAGUCCUAACCAAAUUACAUAUAAAGAAUCAUUAAAAAUUCAAUAAAAAGUAAUAAUUAUUUAAUAUUGAACUACUUUCUUUAAUCAAAUUUUGUAACAAGUUACCAUCACAGUGAUUGUAAGAUAAUUAUUCCAAUAAUAAUUAAAAUGUAAACUUAAUGAAACUAGAAUAUAUUUACAAAUAUAUAACAAUU